AUGGUUGCUACAAAACCUUUUGCUGAUAUCAGUGUACAUAGUGCGUAUCCUGGCGAAUUAGAAAUACUUUUUAUGCUUGGUUCGAUCUUUCGCUUGACAGACAUCGGUCGCGAUGAGAGUGAUAAAGUAUCGAUCGUCAGAAUGACGCUAUGUAGUGAGUAUGCACAUGAUUUAAAACAAAUUUUUCUGCAUAUCAAACAGCAACUUGGCAGUGGAGAAACAAAUCUUCGAACAUUAGGAAAAGUAUUAUGGAAAAUGGGAGAAUUCGAUUUAGCCGAACAGUAUUUUACUCGUCUAUUAAAAGAAGCUCCACCAAACGAUGAUUUACUUGGUACUUUGUAUGAAGAUCUUGCCUUACUGGCGUCGCAGACACGUGACUAUAUGAAGAGUGUUCAGUGGUAUGAAAAAUCACUCGAACUCAAGAAUUCAAAACGACCGGAUGAUACAGAAGAUGUUAAACAGCCUAGCAAAAAUAGAGGUAAGUUCAUCGAAAAUUUAUGA